AUGCAUUCCCUUAGCAUCCUUGCGGCGGUACUCGUCGCUUGCACUCCAGCGACAGCACAGCUGAAUCAACUUGCCGUCGCCGCUGGUUUCAAGUACUUUGGCACGGCAGUCGACAACCCCGGGCUGAACAACCAGGCUUACAUGAACAUCGCCACGAACAAGAACGAGUUCGGCCAAGUGACGCCUGCCAAUGGACAGAAGUGGGACUCGACAGAGCGAUCGCAAGGCCAGUUCAGUUACGGAAAUGGAGACGCCGUAACCAGCCGAGUGCGUCAAGCUGGCCAGAUCUUGCGGUGUCAUACCCUUGCCUGGCAUAGCCAGCUCCCUAGCUGGGUAGUGAACAACAUCAACGGCCGCGACGCAAUGACACGGGUGAUUCAAACUCAUAUCCAGAAUGUAGCGGGGCACUACAAGGGCCAAUGUUACGCUUGGGACGUGGUAAACGAAGCCCUUGAAGAUAACGGCGCAUACCGUAACAGCCCGUUGUACCGUGCCCUCGGCAAGGACUUCAUCACGGUAGCCUUCCAAGCUGCCGCCGCCGCGGACCCGGCCGCGAAGCUAUACUACAACGACUAUAACAUUGAGAACCCGGGCGCAAAGUAUAAUGAGGCACUCAACAUCGUCCGCAACCUCAAGAGUGCCGGGGCAAGGAUCGACGGCGUGGGGCUACAAGCUCAUUUCAUCGUUGGACAGACGCCCAGCCUGGCUAACCUCAAGACUGUGUUGAGUGGUUUCGCAGCGCUGGUUGACGAGGUUGCAUAUACGGAGUUGGAUAUUCGCCACCCGAGGUUGCCGGCCUCUGAUGCGGACAGGGCGCAGCAAAGCCGAGACUACCAGACUGUUGCGCAGGCUUGUCUUGAGACGAGUAAGUGCGUCGGUAUUACUGUUUGGGAUUUUGCGGAUCAGUAUUCUUGGGUUCCACAAACCUUCCCCGGCCAGGGCGACGCCUGUCUUUGGAACAGCAACCUGCAGAAGAAACCUGCGUAUACGGGCUUGAUCAACCUAUUCUCGAGCGCGGCAUCUUCAAGGGCUAGUACCAGCUCCGCUUCAAGCACGAGGUCUUCUCCAAGCAGUACCUCAAGUUCUACUCCGACUGUAUCCACGUCAACAAUCACCAGCUACAUAACCCAAACUGCCACCAUCACCCAGCCUCCAGUGUCAGCUUCGUCCCGGUCAUCCAUUGUUACUGUGAUUGUGACAAGUUGGACCACGACCGUUGUGACAGUAACAGAUAUUGACACCGUCAUCGAGACCGUGACGCAAUGGGUUCCGCCGCCGCCGACAUCUACUGUGCGAUCGACGACUUCAACGAGCACGUCGCGGAGUUCCUCGACGCCACGGUCGACGACGCAGCCUCCUGCGCCUGAGCAGACUCAGACAAAGUAUGGCCAGUGCGGCGGGUCGAACUACACGGGCGCAACCAAGUGCGCGGCUGGUUCGAAUUGUUCUGCAGUUGCGCCGCCGUGGUAUUACCAGUGUUUGUAG